GAGCGGAGAGAAAGCGCUGGCUACAAUGACACAGAAGCAGCGCUGAGCUGUAGGAGAGACUGCGGCUAGACCGAGGAACAGCUCCAGCACGACAUCACAGCGCCAUCACACCAAAACACACAACAACGACGACACAAAAUGCUUAUCAAAGAAUUUCGAGUGAUCCUACCCAUUUCUGUGGAGGAGUACCAGGUAGGUCAGCUAUACUCAGUAGCCGAAGCAAGUAAGAAUGAGACUGGGGGAGGAGAGGGUGUGGAGGUCCUGAAGAAUGAACCGUAUGAGAAAGAUGGAGAAAAAGGUCAAUACACACACAAAAUCUACCACCUGCAGAGUAAAGUUCCAUCUUUUGUGAGAAUGCUGGCACCAGCAUCAGCUCUCAACAUUCAUGAGAAAGCCUGGAAUGCUUACCCAUACUGCCGCACAGUAAUCACGAAUGAGUAUAUGAAAGACAAUUUCCUCAUCAAGAUAGAAACAUGGCAUAAACCUGACAUGGGUCAUCAGGACAAUGUGCACGGUCUGGACCCUGACACAUGGAAGAAGGUUGAUGUGGUAUAUAUUGACAUUGGGGACAGAAGUCAGGUGGAGCCAAAGGACUACAAACCAGAUGAAGAUCCGGCAAAGUAUAAAUCUGCCAAGACUGGCCGAGGACCCUUGGGGCCAGACUGGAAGAAAGAACUGCCCAAAAAGACAGACUGUCCACAUAUGUGUGCAUAUAAACUGGUAACAGUGAAAUUUAAGUGGUGGGGAUUGCAAAACAAAGUGGAGAACUUCAUUCAAAAGCAAGAGAAACGCCUAUUCACUAAUUUCCACCGGCAACUCUUCUGCUGGAUUGAUAACUGGAUUGAACUAAACAUGGAUGACAUUCGCAGAAUGGAGGAGGAGACCAGGAAGGAGCUGGAUGAGAUGAGAGUAAAGGACCCCGUAAAAGGGAUGGUGGCUCUCGAAGACUGAAUCUCCUGUACUGUAUAUAGACGGAGUGUGCUGCUGUUUAUAUUGGUGUGUAACAGAGGUGCCGGCGGCAUUGCCGUGUUGUGAAAUUAUAGGCUUCCCCUGGCAUCAAUUCUUAGUAAAAAUUCCCUUGAAAUAUACACUAUAAAUGACUUAAUUCUAUUUAAUUAUUGGCCUCAUGUUACACAGUGUUCAGUUUUUAAAUUCCUCAUCUUUUGUCUUUCACCCCAUACAUCUUGAUAAGUACUGUAAUCUAUACAUUUCUUUCACUGUCUCUCUAUCACUCACGUAUGUAAUAUUGGACAUCAGCUGCAUCAAUUUUUAAACAAAUUGGAUGAUAUUUCAGAAAUGAAAUAAAAAGACAAUAAAAAGAUAAAUAGCACGUAUAGAUACCAAAUAAUUGUUUCCCAUGUACUUUUUCAUGAUAAUCAAUACUGCUGACAUACAACAGAGAGACACUUAUGAUUAGAUAAUUAAUAUGUCAAAAUUAGAUUUUGGUUAAAGAAAUUCUCAGAGCUAUAUAAACAGUUUUCCCCCCAUUAAUUACACUUAGUAAUUAACCUUAGAUGUGUUUUGCGGACCAAGCUGACUCUGCUCAGUGUUCUGUUUUGAAAUUCUUGUAAUUGUCCUUAUUGUUGGUUAAAAAUCUUAUUAUAUUCAUUUAGUCUUCCCCACUGAAACAGGAGCUAAAUUGAAAUGUGGGCCUCCACAAUGACAGGUGCUCAUUUGCCUAUUCAGAGGUUACUACACUACAGUAAAUAUAUUAUUAUGUAUCACAAGUUAAAGAAGAAGUAAAAUAAAACACUGCACUGAUUGCUCUGUUCCCUCUUGAGAUUCAGAAGUCCAUGCAAGUUUACCAGCACAUUCUUUUUCUCAAUGAAAAUGUUGAUCAGUACGUUGUGCUUCUCUGUGAAUCGUUUAGGAUGCUCAACAACCUUGUUUUGUCCUCUCUAUACAGAACUUGUGCUUAGUCAUUCUUUUGCGUUCUAUUUCUGUCAUCAUCAAGGCCGCCAUUUCCUUGUUUUCUUCCUGUGCGUUUGUGGAAGAGGAGAGAAGAGAGUUACAGAAAAUGAGGAAAGUACAUGCUGAUGUGUGGAUGCAAAUUUAUGCUAGACCGUACAUGACUCAGGCAUAUAGUCUCCAGACAUUUCUUGUUGAAACAGCUACACAGAUCUAAAAAAAAAAAAAUAAUAAUAAUAAUAAUUACGCUGGAUUUUUAACAGCGCACAGGGAAAAUAUGUUUGCAUAUUUUUUUUAUUUAUGCCUUUUUAUUGCUGCAUAAUAAGUUGCUCUGGGAAGAUGGUAGAUUUUGCUUUAAUAAUAGCAAAGGUUUAUUGUCCUCAUUUAAAGCUGUUGGCCCAUUUUUACAUUUCUAAUCGAUAAAAAACUUUUAUCCAGAUUUUAGCAAUAAUCCUCACAUUUUCCAUUGCAUCUCACACGUUUUCCUCAAUACUAAAGCUUGUCUUUGAGUCUUUUAGUGGUAAAUUUCUACUGUUCCCAAAAUGUUGCUAAGUGGCCACACUCAAUUGGAUUUUUCUCUUUCAAUCUUUAUGUAUAUACAGUAUA